AUGACUACUCGCCGUGCCAUGGCACUGACGCUGGCUUCGCUUGUAGUUCUUACUAUCAGCCAUAACAGUAUAGCGACUGGGAAGACUAUAAACAGCAACUCGGAACAGAGCCUCCGAAUGCCCGACGCAGACGACAACAAUAUUAAGGACAGCCCUGAAGAGCGAGAGUCUAUCUUGCUUAAAUGGCUUGGUCUUGAGGAGAAUUUUGGCUAUGCGCGUCUGAUUAAGAUGAAAUUCGACGAAGCGUAUAGGGUGAAGAUGUAUAUGAAGUGGAAUGAACACCACAAAAAGGCAGAAGAUGUCGUCACUAACCUCAAAACACUUUAUCGUAAGCGCUAUAGGGGAUUACUCCUGGAGUAUAUCAACAAGUAUCAGCACUCCGCUACUACUUCCGAUAUUGCUCGGAAUCGUCGAGUUCACUUUGGUGAAGCCACCGUUACCAAGUUCAGCUAUCAAGUUGAAGACACCCUGCGAAGGGAGGGAUAUCUGGGAAGAGGACCAAAGGGUGGUGGUCCCGCUGGGCGCUCUAUAUUGAAAAAGAAGACGCAGCAAGUUAAACUGUAA